AUGAGAAAACCGAGUGCGUUUCAUGCAUGUAACAUAAUAUUUCUUCCCCUCGUUAAGUGUGCAUCAGCAACCAUAAUGCUGAAUUAA